AUGUUUAGUUGCUGUCAUCACAAGGCAAGAAAGUCAAUAUUCUAACAAUAAGGAAAUCAAAUUAUUAGAAGUUUCAAAAUUUCAAAUGAUCUAGGGGAAGAUCCUUCUAUUGAAAUGGAAGUAUAAUAAUUAUCUAAGGACAUAAACAAUAUUUCAACUCUUCAAAAAGUAUCUCGAUAAUAAAAAAUGAAGAAAGUACCUUAAGUCGCAAAAAGUGAUAAUUUGGAAAAAUAAAGAAAUCAUUUAGAUUAAAAUUAAGGACAAGAGAUAUUAGAAAAGGUUUCCGAAAAAUGCAGCAUUUAGGAAAAAGAGAAGAUAUCCGCUUUUACGUUUUCAGAGGAGAGCAUUAAUAGGGUAGACUAUUAAAAUAUUUAGGCAUAUGACAACGAAGUCGACUCUUCGGACUCAAAUAAAUCAAGAAUAGGAUUUAGUUGCAGAGAAUAAAUUCGUUUUAUGCCAGUGUAGCUAAUAGAUCCCGAAAUAAAUGCGUUAAAUUCUGAUGCUACAAGCAAUUCCUUAUUAAGCAGUUUAGAUGAUAUCAGUUCAAAUUAAAAUUCAGAGUAUAAAUAGGACUCUGAGUAUAACAUUGAUUCAUAUCAUAAACCUUCGUUCAUAUUCUAAAAAUUUGACUAAAAUGAUCUUUAUAAUCCGUAUACUCUGAGAUUACUUCGAAAUAGGCGCACAACAAUAAAUGAAUAUUCUAGAGAUGAUAAAAAUUAGACUAUGGAUUUGGGUCAAGCUUAAUAAUUAAAAAAGAGUCAAUAUAAUUUCUCAAACAGUUCCUCGCUAUAUAAUAAAAAUAUUGAUUAACUAUCGGAAGAAAAUAUGGAUACCUCGAGAUAAGAUUGA